GGCAAUUCACCUCUUGAACGUCUGCCUACCGAGAUCUUGCAAGAAAUCAUAGAUAUAGUGGCUACGAGAAAGCCAGCCCUCGGGGACCGAUCUCAACAAUACAGCAUACAGCCGCUUCUUAAUACUUCAAAGAUCCUGUAUUCUGUCACUGUCCGCGCACGUUAUGAGCACGUUACUAUCCCCGACUCGCAGGUCUUCCGCAAGCUGCUCUCCGCCUUGCGCGGUAAUCCGGGAUUUGGUACACUCGUGCGGCGCAUUGACUUCAGCUCAUUUAACCCCAUAAUACUCUUCUCCUCGGCCAAGGAGCGCUUGAGCGCUGAUAACCUGACACCGAGAACACUGAUUCAGUGCUUGAACCUAACACCCGGGCUGCGCGAAUUCGUUGCGCAAGAGCACAUGGAUGAUGAGAUAGACAUUAUAGUGCUGAGGAAGCUCUUUCACCACCUUUCUCAUCUAACCGCAUUAGACUUUUGUGGCUGCUCCUCGCCACGCUUCCGUACUGCGAUGACGACAUUUGCCAAGAGUAUAACCGACAAGGAUAUCGCCUUUUCUGUUUCGCGUUUGUCACUGCACCGCUGCGACAAUCUACCUUCUGCAGUUUUUGAUCAACUACUACGUCGGAUGAACGCCCUUACCCAUCUCGACCUUGCCGGCACGAAAGUUUCUGACCAGGCUCUGCAGUCAAUACCGCACUCGGGGCGAAUAACGCAUCUGAAUUUGUCCCGGUGUAAUGGUUUGGCAGCCAGCGCUGUCCUCAAGUUUUUGCAGAGCCAUCCCGGCGUAAAAGAUAGCCUCGUGGUCCUGAACCUUGCAGUUGACUUCCGUACUCGAUGCGGGCUCAGGGGGAACGACCUCUCGGAACUGUUGAUGGGCUUGCCACGCAGCUUACGGUCGCUAAACCUGAAAGGCAGCGAAAUGGGCUCAGCACAUAUUCCACUCCUCCAGAGGCUUAUGAAACAUGUUCAUGAACUCGCGCUGGGACGAGGAUUGACAGUCGCUGACUUUGAGAAGCUAUUCGAGGCGAAUCCUCGGUUAUCCGACCAGGAUAAAGAUACUCAAUGUUGUACAACGCCACCAGCUUCCAUCCUGUCACACACGUUGAGGUAUCUUGAUCUUUCCGAUUAUGUGGGUCAAGAGCUCGACCUGGGUGCUCUGUUCUCCCCCGAAUGCAGUAUCAUGCAAAACCGUUCGGCCCCCCUUUCCGUAGUCGAGGUUGCGGGCGAAUUGUUUAAAGGGCUUUCCAGGUCCUCUAUCCCAAUCAAAUUCGGCUGGACCGUGGUCGAAUCUGGGUGCCGAACUUGGAUCCAAAGGCAACAAGGCGAGAUUCUCCAGGGCUCUAAUGACUUCAGCUGGAAAAUGGGAACAGGGAAUUGGGGUAUGCGCAAGAUUCCCGUUGUUUUCGGAGAAGUUUGUGCUAUGUACCGUAAUUAUACUUUUAUGCGG